UCGUAUACGUCACGCAUGACACACCGGAUCGCCCUUGUGCAGAGGUACCAUUCUCCAUUUGGCAUCAACCAACGGCGCGAUCAUAUCCUCGGCGAAAGCCUCGCCUCACCUCUCUACCUCCCAUCACAAACACCAAUUCAGCGACCACCCCGCCGCAACCUCCCCUCAACUACGUCCCUUUCCCACGCUCGAUUCCACGUUUCACUCACAAACGCACCGACCAUCUUCUAUUCAUACCCCAAUUCCAAAUCUUCCAUCCCUCCUCUCCCGGCCGCAUCGCCGUUUCCAGAGAAGCCUCCUGGAAGUAGGAGGGAAGAUAGAGUAGAAGUAGCGUCGACGGCAAACGGAAUGGCGAGUCCCUCGCCGGCGGCGGCGCUGAAGGCGGUGACCCUGACCCACGUUCGGUACCGGCGCGGCGACUCCCUGGGCCACUUCCUGGCCUGGGUCUCCCUGAUCCCGGUGUUCAUAAGCCUGGGGGGAUUCGUGACGCACUUCGUCUUCCGGCGGGAGCUCCAGGGCUUGUGCUUCGCGCUGGGCCUCAUCGUGUCCCAGGUUCUCAACGAGCUCAUCAAGACCUCCGUCCAGCAGUCCCGCCCGGCUACCUGCGCCGCCCUCGAGAUGUGCGAAUCCCAUGGCUGGCCCUCCUCCCACGCCCAGUACAUGUUCUUCUUUGCCGCCUACUUCACCCUCCUCUGCUACAAAGGCGUCGUCGGCGUCGCCUCGUCGCGAUCCAGGCUCUUCCUCGCCUUCCUCCCCUGGCCUCCGGCGGUGCUCACCAUGUACUCUAGGGUUUACUUGGGAUACCACACCGUCGCCCAGGUGUUUGCGGGGGCGACGCUGGGGGUGGUGCUUGGGGUGGGGUGGUUCUGGAUCGUGAACAGUAUGCUGAUGGAGUAUUUUCCGGCGAUCGAGGAGAGUCCGGUGGGGAGGUUCUUGUACAUCAAGGACACGUCGCAUAUACCGAAUGUGCUCAAGUUUGAGUACGAUAAUGCCAGGGCUGCUCGGAAGAAGUUGGCUCAGGAUUGAAAUCUCUUGGCCUUUGGAUCUGCAUGGAUGAUUUAAGAUGAAUAAAAGCUUUAGCUCAAGUGGAAAUUUUACUGUCGGAGCGAAUAGAUAGUGGCAGCACCUCUCAAAGAUUGUGGAGGAGGCAAGGAAGAAUGGGUCUCCGGGCCUCGGUAGUCAAUCUCGUACAUCUCUGGGAUGCUUGAAUGCUGUCCUGCGCCUUCUGCAUGAGCGAAAAAUCCCAACAUCAACUCAAACUAGUAGCAGCCUCUCUAAUUCUAUUUUCAUGUCGACAAUGGUUAUUCCUCAGUUUACAAAGUCUGGCCUUCAGUACUAGUUUCAAAUCAGCUGGGCCUUAAAAACUUUCAAAUCAGCUGGGCCUUAAAAAAAGGGGACCUCUUUCUAUCCAGGAAACAGAGACGACAAUCGUCUUCAUAAAGGUGGCCAAAAGAGUGAGCUCAUCGACUGGGGAUCUCACAACCUUAUGUAUUAAUCCCUUUUUUCAUUCGU